AUGCUGUCGCGGGCACUGUGGCGUCUCGGCCUGGCCAGCAGCAGCACCAGCAGUGGCAGCAGUACAGCGGAGGGAGUUCCAGCAGCAGCAGUAGCGGCUGCUGGUGGUUCUGGUAUUGAAGGGCCUCACGGUAGACAGACGGGACCGCUAGUGCCCUCCGUACCGGAUAGUGCACCUACACCGGAGCAACAACAGCACCGGCAGCAACAGCAACAAACGCACCCUCUUACGGGCCGAGACAAAUUUAAUAACCUCCAGAGGCACGUACGCGAGAAAAGGGAGCAGGAACAACAACUGCAGCAACAACAGCAGCACGAACAACUGCUUUUCGUGCAGGUGCAGCAGAAGAACCAGCAGCGAGCUGUUCAGGGAAGGGCCCAGGACCCUGCAGAGCUGCAGCAGCAGCAGCAACCGCCGCCGCAGCAGCAGUCCUCAGUGCAGCAGCAAGAACCCUCCCUGCAGCAGACAAAACCUCUUCUCCAACGGAACCAGGCUCUCUUGCAGCAGUAUCAGCUUCCUCUGCGGCAGCAGCAUCCUGCUUUGCAGCAGCACCAGCCAACUUUGCAGCAGCAUCAAUCUCCUCUGCAGCAGCAGGAGCAGCCUCCUUUGCGGCAGCAGCAGCAGCCGCCUUUGCCGCAGCAGCCCGACUUGCAACAGCAACAGGCUCCUUUGCAGGAACAGCCUACGUUGCAGGAGCAGCCUCCUCUUCAGCAAGAGCCUCCAUUGCAGCAGCAACAGCCGCUGCAGAAGCAGCUGUCUGGCGCUCACCAGCAGCAAGCUUUACAACGGCAGCAGGCCCCUGUGCAGCAGCAGCAACCUGAUCUGCAGGGGCAGCAUUUUCCCCUGCAGCAACAGCAGCCUCCAUUGCGAGAGCAGCAGGCGCCUUUGCAGCAGCAACCUCUGGAGCAACAGCAACCUCUUCAGAACGUGCAACCCUGGAUGCAGCAGCCGCAAGCUCAGCUUCAGCAGCUAGAGCAACGUCCCAUGCAGCAAGAGACCCUGCAGCAACCGGUGCAACAGCAGCAGCCUCUUGGUACAGCAGGAGCACAAGACUCUCCACCCCCUACUUCUGGGUCCGCAGCAGAUGAGACAGGGAAGUGA